AUGUCACAACAUCAAACUACUCUUACUUCAAAAACUACUAAGUCCACUCAAAAGGUUAGCGCUCCUUCCAUGGACUUUCACGAUGAUGAGAUUCUGGAUGUGGUUCCUCUAUCAGUUAUUCCCUGCGAGGCCCUUGAUUUGAACCAUCCCAUGGAUGCAUUAGCUUCUGCAUGUCCCAAUCAAGGACAUUCUAUGAAGAGAGUCUCUACUCCCCUAUCUAAAAUGUACCCAUCUCCUGAGGUUGAACAACAUAGUAAGAAGAAUGACAAUUCCUCCAGUUAUGAGAAGGACAUGGUUGCUGAAGGUUUGUGCUCCCUAGGGAAAACUGUGUCUGGUAAAGGAAAAUCUGUGGCAUCUAAAACUGCCAAUGCUUCCCGUUCUGAGAAGCAUGAUGUUGCAAACGAUGUGAUUGACCUAGAGGAUGAUAGAACAGCUAAGAAGGCUGCUGGUGUUGGUCCUUCCAAAUCUUGGAGCAAGGUUGAAAUGAAGAAGAGCAAGGUUAGAGAAGUUUCUGAGUCUGAAGAGGAUGUCGAGGAAGAUGUCCCUGACAUCUCUCUUGUGAAGAAGAGCCCUAUGAAGAAGUCCCCUAUGAAAGUUGUUGCUAUGCAUUUGGAUAAUGUUUCUUUCCAUCUUGAGGAUGGAGCUGCCAAAUGGAAAUUUGUGAUUCAAAGAAGGGUGGUUGUGGCAAGGGAGUUAGAAAAGGAUGUUGUUGAAGUCAAGGAGGUCAUGGACCUGAUAAAUUCUGUUGGGUUAAUAAAGACUGUGGCUGGAAGAGUUGAGGGUGCACGUGAAUUGGAAGCUAUAGACAAUGAGGUCUUUAGAGAAAUUACAGCAAGGCAGGUGAAAGGGUGGCCUAUUAAAAAGCAUCUUCCUGAUGAGAAGUUGACUGUCAAGUAUGCAAUAUUGCAUAAAAUAGGAGCUGCAAAUUGGAUGCCUACCAACCACAUUUCCACAAUUGCUAAUACCCUUGGAAGAUUUAUUUUUGCAGUUGGAACCAAAAUAAAUUUUGACUAUGGUAGAUUUAUGUUUGAACAAAUUAUCAAGCAUACAUCUACUAAUGCAGUUAAGCUUCCUAUUGCCUUUACCUCUAUGAUUUGUGGGAUUAUCCUGAAUCAACACCCUGGUAUUCUAAGUUCUAAUGACUUACCAAGUAGAAGAAAACCUGAUUUGUCAGUGCACUAUAAACUAUUUGAAGGCAGUCAUGUCGAAGACAUUGUCAAGACAUUUGCUAUGAAAAAUCCAGCCUCAAAAGUUGGAACUAUUCUUGAGCUGAAGGAGACUUGUAAAGAGUUGGGUGAAGGGAUAAGGAUAGCAACAGCUAGAAAAGAAUCGUUGGAAGCCCUGAUUGCAAGCUUGGAUCAAGCUGAAGGUGAGAAUAUUGGACAUGCUAAGGAAGCUGAAGCCCACACCUCUAGUGAGACGUCUGCAAAUAAUGAUGAGACAAGUGGCAAUUCUAUUUCUAAUGCUGAUGAAGCUGCAAGCUCAAGCUCCUCUGAUUACCUCCUUUGA